UCUGUCAAAGCAGGAAGUGUGGGUGGAUUUUGUCAUUGAUCGUGGCUUUUCUACUGUAUCUGUUAUUAAUGUUCACAACAAACGAGAUGAUCUGCAUGUGCUGACUUUAUACAGUAAAAGCCACAAAGCAUGCUAAAUUCACUCUGGAGCAGAGGACGUCCAGACACAAACCACACUAAUGCUGAUGAUCAGUCCAAGAAUGGCUUCGGGAAUGCAAGAGAAACAGUACACCCCAUCUCUUCUCAGUUUUUUCGUCUAUAAUCCUUCAUUUGGGCCACGGGAGGGAGAGGAGGAGAAGAAGAUUUUAUUCUACCAUCCUAGUGAGGUUGAGAAGAAUGAGAAGAUCCGUAAUGUUGGCCUUUGUGAGGCCAUUGUACAGUUUACCAGAACCUUCUGUCCAACAAAGCCUGCUAAAUCCCUACACACGCAGAAGAACAGGCAGUUCUUCUUUGAAGCAGAGGACAGUUUCUGGAUCGUCAUGGUGGUGCGGAACCCGAUGGUAGAAAAACCUAAUAAAGAUGGGAAACCUCCCACGAUAGAAUAUCAAGAAGAAGAAAUACUUGACACCGUUUAUGGUGCAGUAUUACGGGAAUGCUACAGUAUGUACAAGCUCUUCAACGGCACAUUUGGCAGAGCAAUGGAAGCAGGCGGGGUGGAGCUGCUCAUGCAGAAGCUUGACAAGUUCUUUUACAGGUAUCUGCAGACGCUGCACCUGCAGUCCUGUGACCUGCUGGACGUGUUCGGGGGAAUCGCCUUUUUCCCCCUGGACAAGAUGACCUACCUGAAGAUCCAGUCAUUCGUUAACAGAGUGGAGGAAAGCCUCAGCCUGAUUAAAUACACAGCUUUCCUCUACAACGACCAGCUCAUAUGGAGUGGUCUGGAGCAGGAUGACAUGCGGAUCCUGUACAAGUACCUGACGACGUCACUGUUCCCCAGACACUCCGAACCAGAGCUGGCUGGUAGGGACUCUCCCCUAAGGCCAGAGGUGGCAGGGAAUCUGCUUCACUAUGGGAGGUUUUUGACAGGACCUGUUAACCUCAAAGACCCAGAGGCCAAAUUCCGGUUCCCUAGAAUAUUUGUCAACACAGAGGACAGUUAUGAGGAGCUGCAUCUGAUAGUUUAUAAGGCGAUGAGUGCAGCGGUUUGUUUUAUGAUCAGUGCAUCGGUGGAGCUGACGAGGGAGUUCUGUGAGCAGCUGGAUGGGCUGGUGGGACCUCAGCUCACCCUGCUGGCCUCAGACAUAUGUGAACAAUACAAUGUCAACCGCAGGAUAUCAGGGCCGGACAAGGAGCCCCAGUUUAAGUUCAUCUACUUCAACCACAUGAACCUGGCAGAGAAGAGCACCAUCCACAUGAGGAAGACAGCCAGCGUCUCUCUGACUUCCGUCCACCCAGACCUCAUGAAGAUUCUGGGAGACAUCAACUGUGACUUCGCCCGGGUUGAUGAAGAUGAAGAGAUCAUUGUGAAGGCUAUGACAGACUACUGGGUGGUUGGCAAAAAGUCGGACCAGAGAGAGCUGUACGUUAUCUUGAACCAGAAGAAUGCCAAUUUGAUUGAAGUUAAUGAGGAAGUGAAGAGGCUCUGUGCGACACAGUUCAACAACAUUUUCUUCUUGGACUGAAAGAAAUAAAGAAAAGAAAGAACUGCACGCAGAAGAGGGAGAGAAAGAGAGACGGUGAGAGGGCAAUGGACUGUUUCACCACACUAAAACUGUCAGCAUUGCAGGGUAUUAUGACAGCAUCAGUGUAAUGCAAUAAUUGCAUAGAUUAGGUAAGAGUUCGACUAAUACCAUGGAAACGCCACACACCCGUCCCCCCAUGGGGGAUAGGUCCAGAAUCUAUUUAGUAACCACAUUAUAGGCCUGUUAGAACACGUACAGUGCCUAGUGAAAGUAUACACAGCACUUGCACAGUCUUCACAUUUUGCUGCCUUAACAUUAAAUCUAAAC